AUGAAUCGGUUCCAAUUUGGCGACUCCGACGGGUCUCUCUCUUCUGACCUCGAUGAAGACCCAUCCGGCCUGCCCUUCCCGGAACCUCUAUCCCGCAGCUCAUUUCUUGCCCCUGAUUUCGAUCCAGCGAUUUUCCUGUCGUCACUGACGAACAGACAUCAGAGCCUUGAGGAUCUCCGACAGGAAUUGCGGGGACUGGAGCAGUUAUUGAACAAGGAGCUGUUGGAUCUUGUCAAUGAGAAUUAUCAGGACUUUCUCUCGUUAGGCAGCGCGCUUCGCGGGGGAGAGGAGAAAGUAGAAGGCGUGAAAGUAGGCGUGCUUUCGAUCCAGCGCGAUGCCAAAGCCAUCCGGGCCCAGGUUGAGGCGCGACGCCAAGAAGUGGAAGAGCUGUUGAAUGACAAGCGGCGACUACGGACGAAAGCCGAUGUUGGCAAAGAUCUGCUAGACUAUGCGGAUCGGGUGGAGGAAUUGGAACAUCGUUUGAUGAUCCAGGACAAGUCAUCACAAGAACAUUCACUGGAUGAAUCGGAUACGGAGUCCGAUUUGUACAGCGGGGAGAGUGAAGACAGCAAUGACGAUGACCUAGCCGAUGGCACACCUACAAUUUCACUGAAGAGGAUGGAACGCCAUGCGCAGAAGUUUGUCUAUUUGACAUUAAUAGCUGCCCGAGUCGGUGAAAAGCAUCCCUUUCUGCUUGCGCAGCAACCACGAGUCGCAAAGAUCAAGUCUACCGUACUCCUGGAUCUCAAAACUGCCUUGGAGCAGGCCACCGCGGCGGGUGAGAAACAUGGAGAGCGCGAUGCUAGGACAAUGGCAGUUUUGCGUCUCUACGAGUUAAUGGGUGAGGACGUCAGUGCAGUCACCGCGUUGAAGAACCUCAAGCUGUAA